CCAAACGCGAUUCCGCAGUUUCGAUUCGAUUCAAUCGAUUCUCUCCAUUCUGAGAAGCCAACAACAAACGAUUCAUAGAAUCGAUCAUCGAUUCCCACCGCCCUCUGUUGAACAGCGGCUGAAUCGUAUCGAGCUAUAAUUAGGAAUCGAAUCGGCUAUGACGUUUCCUGCGCGGCUGAGCCAAUAGGAGCGCACGAUGCUCGGGGGCACCGUCCAAUCAGAGGAGGCGAUGGUUGGAGGUUGCUGGGUGCCACGUGGACCAAUCACGUGGCGCGCUCUUGAGUGAGGAAUUCUUCAUCAGCAGCAGCAUCAGCAGCAUGCAGAACCAUCAUAAUAAUCAGCAACAUAAUAAUCAUCAGCAGCAAAAUCAGCAGCAGCAGCAACAUCAUCAGCUGGUGCAAUUUCAUCAGCAGCAGAUGCAGCAAUUUAAUCAGCAGCAACAUCAUCAGCUGGUGCAAUUUCAUCAGCAGCAGAUGCAGCAAGUUAAUCAGCAGCAGCACCAUCAUCAUCAGGAGCAAAAUAAUCAUCAGCAGCAAAAUAAUCAUCAGCAGCAAAAUCAUCAGCAGCAGCAAAAUAAUCAUCAGCAGCAUAAUCAUCAUCAGCAGCAAAAUAAUCAUCAGCAUCAUCAUAAUUAGAAUCACCAUUAUUAGCAGGAACAUCAUCAGCAUCAUCAUCAUCAUCAGAAGCACCAUCAGCAGAAGCACCAUCAUCAUUGGCAUGCAUAACCAUUAAUCAGCAGCAACAACAUCGUAAUCAGUAGCAGCAACAUCAUCAUCAGCAGCAAAAUCAUCAGCAGCAACAUCAUUAGCUGGUGCAGUAUCAUCAUCAUCAGCUGGUGCAGUAUCAUCAUCAGCUGGUGCAGUAUCAUCAUCAUCAGCUGGUGCAAUAUCAUCAGCAACAUCAUCAGCUGGUGCAGUAUCAUCAUCAUCAGCUGGUGCAAUAUCAUCAGCAGCAACAUCAUCAGCUGGUACAAUAUCAUCAGCUGGUACAAUAUGAUCAGCUGGAGCAAUAUCAGCAGCAGCAAAAUAAUCAGCAGCAGCAUCAGCAGCACCAUCAGCAUCAUCAGCAGCAGAAGCAGCAGAAGCAUCAGCAGCAGCAGAAGCAUCAUCAGCAGCACCGCUUCUUCUGGCUCUGCUAUGCGCCUCGACUGGCACUCGGCUAAUGCCAGUCUCUACGACCACAUCCAGCCAGCCAGCCGACUCAUAGAUGGCCCUGACUACGCAGUGUUCAAGGAGGGGGUGACUCCAAUGUGGGAAGACCCUGCGAACCUAGUUGGUGGACGAUGGUUGAUUUUUCUCACAAAGCAGCAGCGCGACCUGGACCUGGAUGUCCUGUGCCUGGAGACGCUGCUGAUGCUGGUUGGUGAGGCGUUCACCCCGUACGGCGAGGAGGUGUGUGGUGCCGUGGUGAGCGUGAGAGGCAAGGAAGACCGCAUCGCCCUGUGGACCUCCAACGCUGACAGCAGCCAGGCCGUCAUCACCAUUGGGGGUAUGUACAAGCGCAGGCUGGGCUUGCCUGCCCACACGCUCAUCGCUUACCAGGCGCACGGAGGCAGCAUGGCGAAGAGCGGACAGCCCUGGGCGGACAGGGAGAGAGCAGGGGGCGGAGAGACAGCGGCACCAGCUGGAGGAGACACGGGGUGGUGAGACACGGGGAGGGAGAGAGACACAGAGAGAGACACAGAGAGAGACACAGAGAGAGACACAGAGAGAGAGACACGGAGAGAGACACAGAGAGAGACACAGAGAGACACAGAGAGACACAGAGAGAGAGACACACGCAGAGAGAGACACACGCAGAGAGAGACACAGAGAGAGACAGAGAGAGACACAGAGAGAGAGGGACACGGGGAGAGAGAGACAGAGAGAGACAUAGUGAGAGACACACAGAGAGAGAGAGAGACACGGGGAGAGAGGGACAGGGGGAGAGAGACACUGGGAGUGAGACACAGAGAGACACACGGGGAGAGAGACACACGGGGAGAGAGACACACGGGGAGAGAGACACAGAGAGAGAGACACGAGGAGAGAGGGACACGGGGAGAGAGACACGGGGAGAGAGAGACACAGAGAGAGAGACACAGAGAGAGACACAGAGAGAGAGGGACACGGGGAGAGAGACACGGGGAGAGAGAGACAUGGAGAGAGACACGGGGAGAGAGACACGGGGAGAGAGAGAUGGGCAGUGCUGAGUCUAUGGUGCAGUGUUGAGUCUAUGUACAGUGUUGAGUCUAUGGGCAGUGUUAGUCUAUGUACAGUGUUGAGUCUAUGUACAGUGUUGAGUCUAUGGACAGUGUUGAGUCUAUGUACAGUGUUGAGUCUAUGGUGCAGUGUUGAGUCUAUGGUGCAGUGUUGAGUCUAUGGUGCAGUGUUGAGUAUAUGGUGCAGUGUUGAGUCUAUGGUGCAGUGUUGAGUCUAUGGUGCAGUGUUGAGUCUAUGUACAGUGUUGAGUCUAUGGUGCAGUGUUGAGUCUAUGUACAGUGUUGAGUCUAUGUACAGUGUUGAGUCUAUGUACAGUGUUGAGUCUAUGGUGCAGUGUUGAGUCUAUGGUGCAGUGUUGAGUCUAUGUACAGUGUUGAGUCUAUGUACAGUGUUGAGUCUAUGUACAGUGUUGAGUCUAUGGUGCAGUGUUGAGUCUAUGUACAGUGUUGAGUCUAUGGUGCAGUGUUGAGUCUAUGUACAGUGUUGAGUCUAUGUACAGUGUUGAGUCUAUGUACAGUGUUGAGUCUAUGUACAGUGUUGAGUCUAUGGUGCAGUGUUGAGUCUAUGUACAGUGUUGAGUCUAUGUACAGUGUUGAGUCUAUGGUGCAGUGUUGAGUCUAUGUACAGUGUUGAGUCUAUGUACAGUGUUGAGUCUAUUACAGUGUUGAGUCUAUGUACAGUGUUGAGUCUAUGUACAGUGUUGAGUCUAUGUACAGUGUUGAGUCUAUGUACAGUGUUGAGUCUAUGUACAG